UUAUUAUUGUGUGAGAGAGAAAAGUUUAUAUUUAGUAUUGUGUAUAAUAUAUUUAAAAGAUUAAGUUUUUAGAGGUGUUUUUGGGUUUGGUUUUUGGGAUAUAUUGAUUUGAAUUGUUACGGGAUAUCGAUUUUUGUUCUGGUUCUAAGAGUUAUUGUAGUUUCUUAUUUCUUUCAAAAGUGUUUUCAAACGAUUCAUCUUGAAAAGAUUUGUCGAAGGAGUUUCUUUGAAAGUUACGCUUCUAAGUCGACAUUUCAUCUUCCAAACCGUUGUGAAUCAUGCCGGGAGACUUCUUGAUUCGAUACAAGGACGACGAAGAUAAAGACAGUGGGAAGAAGAGGUAAUAAAAAGUAUGGAUUAAAAGUAUGGAAAAGACAUUCCGCAGUGACAUAGAACUUCAACGAAGCAUGACUCAAUCUACGUCACUUCACAUCGACAUGCUCUUUUGUGGUUGUGUAGACCUCAUGCCCUUUCUGUUGUAAGUCGAUCCUGACCAAAAAGUACUGGGGAUUCAGGAUGGGAAAGCUUUUGAGUCUUCUGGCUCGGGACGAGUCUACCUGUUGCACGCCUCAAAAGUACGACGUCUUUUUGGAUUUCGAGAACGCACAACCAUCGGAUAUCGAGCGCGAGACAUUCGAUGCCGUUCAAAGGGUCCUGAAAAAUUCCGAAUCUAUUUUAGAAGAGAUUCAAUGUUACAAAGGAGCCGGAAAAGAAAUAAGAGAAGCAAUAUCGGCCCCUACGGAAGAGUGCCAACGGAAAGCUUAUUUGACCGUAGCACCCCUCGUUGCAAAGCUCAAAAGAUUCUACGAAUUUUCUUUGGAAUUAGAAAGCGUAGUACCAAAAAUAUUGGGACAAUUAUGUUCCGGUAACUUAACACCAACGCAACAUUUGGAAACCCAACAAGCAUUGGUCAAACAACUCGCUGAGAUCCUUGAAUUUGUAUUGAAGUUUGACGAGCACAAAAUGAAAACUCCAGCAAUCCAAAAUGACUUUAGUUAUUACCGUAGAACAUUAACGAGGGCAUCGUUGACACGACAAGACAAUGCGGAGAAGGACCUCGUUGUUGGGAAUGAGUUGGCUAACCGAAUGUCCUUGUUUUACGCCCACGCAACCCCUAUGCUUCGUGUUCUUAGUAACGCGACCAUUACCUUCUUGAUGGACAACGAAGAUAUACCGAGGGAGAAUAUAACUGAAACUCUUGGGACGAUGGCUAAAGUUUGUUUGAGAAUGUUGGAAAAUCCAAAUCUGCUGGCCCAGUUUCAACGAGAAGAGACUCAACUAUUCGUAUUGAGAGUUAUGGUAGGAUUGGUUAUACUUUACGAUCAUGUUCAUCCACAGGGUGCUUUCGUCAAAGGUUCGAACGUUGACGUAAAGGGUUGUGUGAAAUUAUUGAAGGAUCAACCGCCGUACAAAAGUGAGGGUCUUUUGAAUGCGUUGCGUUACACGACGAAACAUUUGAACGAGGAGAACACACCGAAAAAUAUAAAAAAUCUUUUAGCAGCAUGAUUACCGAAACAACGCGGCUGCUGCAUCAGAAGUUGAAUGUGUUCGAUGGCCGCGAAUAAAUCCGGUUUACGAAUUAAUCAUCUCAAAUGCGAGGUCACUAUCGUUUUUUAUCAGCGUAUUUUAAUAUACGACGGACAUUACGAGAAAGAGUUAUGCGAAUGAAUUAAAACGAACGAAAGAAAGUAAGCAAGCAAAACAAAGAAAAGCAAAGAAGAAAGGAUUGAGGAAGGAAAGAAUGAAAAACGAAUGAAAAAAAGAAAAAAGAUGUCCGUGUGUAUAUACGCCAUGAUUAUCCCUUGCGACCUCUGGAUCCUAACGAAUAAAACAAAAAAUACCAAAAAACAACAACUACCACCACCACCAACAGCACUACCACCACCCCGUUUAUUGUGGAUGCUUGGCUAUGGCUACUGGACCACGAAGUCUUUCGAAAACGCUAAACGUUUAUA